AUGUCGGACGACGACAUGCCAAUGUGGGUGGAACACGAGAUUGCGGAGCAGAUCAAAGCCGACCUGUUGGAGGUGAUCGAUAGUGGGUGGGCCUACGACCGGUUCCACACGCAGCUGUAUCCGAGGCCGGUGCGAGCUGCAAAUGGCACUCCUGAAACUUGGAAUGACCACGAAGGCCGGUUUGUCAAUGCCAAGCUGGCGCAGCGCUGGCAAAAGUGGUCGUACUGCCCGGAGCCGGAACGUGUUUUGGCAUCCUUCUUGGCAAGCCGGCCUGGGCUCCUCAGACUGGAUGAGGAGUUGAUGGGCCCGUCGACCCACCUUCUAGGCUUUUUGCGGGUGACGCUUCCGCCACAAGGGCAGCCGCUGCCUGGAGCCAACACCGACGAGACCGGUGUGGCCUUCCACGGCACACACCCGUAUUGCCUCCGCAGGAUCCUGCUGGAAGGUCUGCAGCCCUCCACUGCUGAAAGAUCAGGCUCGCGUUAUUUUUCUGGAGAUGAUGGUGAGUUUGAGGGCUUGUACGCCCACCACAUGAACCGAGCGUCAAAGGCCCUGAACUACGCUCCGUUCUACUCGUUCAUGUUCUUGGAUGUCGGACCUGAGGUCAAGUGGUGUCCCUAUGCCCUGAGGACAGUGGUCGAGAUCCAGUAUGUCGUCGCGAACUCCAGGCCAAACAAGAAGUCAGAUCAGUUGAUCCUGAAACCAGGAUGUUACAAGGUCGUCGCCCUGCUUGUCCAGACAAAGGCCCCGAGCCAAAUGCAGCUCGGGGAAUGGAUUGGCCCGUACAAAGCAAAGGAGGAGGCUGCAGCGCCGCCGGAGAGGUGA